GGGCACUGACACCUACCAAGCUCGUCUACGUGGGCGAUCAGCAACGUCGCCAUGAUGAGAAGAUGAUCGAUGUGAUCGAUGUGGACACGGUCGUAGUUAGGUUGCCUCGUGGAACAUACGGAGAUGAUACUAGUGAACUAUAA